AUGAGGAAAUUGGAGAAGAAAAUGGACAUCAUGCUUCAGGUGUGCCAAGGCAUUGCUAGAGAAAAAGAAAACGGUGGGAGCUUGAAGACGUUGCGUAAACGCGCGCAAUGCCAACAUCCAAACAAUUUGAGCGGGCUCGAGGCAAGUGCUCUGCUCCCGCCGGACAAGCGGGAUGUCCAGCCUGGCCACCAAAACCGAUUCGACGCUUCCCACUACUCGACCUACCUGUACACUAGUGGUAGUGUGAGUUGUGGCACGAUGAACAAUGCACCAAUCCGAGACUCCGCAAUGCUCUCCGCUUUCGUUCGCACCAACUCCUGUUUUGACUUUCAAGCUCAGGGUGAUGACCUCGUGGUGAAUCGGAAGAGGCCACGGUCAACCCUAUUCGUGCCUCCCAAUGUUGUCUUUAAUGUUGAUUUAUCGCCCAGUGCGUGCGAAACUUCACUCGAGGAUUGCAAAUCUCAGGAAUAUAUGAAUAAACCGCCUGUGGCAGGGACAACUAAGAAAAAGAAUUUGAAGUGGCGCACUUCAUCAGAACACAGCAUUGGCAAUUACCCCGAGAAACCCUGUUUGGAAGAGACUGUCGAAUACGCCCCCAAGUCCGAACCCUCCAAAUGA